AUGGAAGCUUUGUGGGAUUUGGAAGACAAAUUGAAGCUUUCAACACAAGGUGCUAUUCUUCUACUAGCAUGUGCAAGUUUUGCAGUUGUUAGCCUUUGCAUUGUUAUUAUACUUAAAAGAAAGGCCAGUAACAAUAAGAUUGUGCACCAAGAAGUUGAUAUAGAUGAGAAUGAGACUACUACUAAUACUACUACUAGUUCUACUACCUCCACAGAAUGGUCAGAACCAAGUUGUGGGUGGAUUUCAGUAAAAAGGUUUCUGAUGGGGUCAAUGCUGUGGAGCAGGGCAAGCAAAUUGGAAGAGAACAUUGGAUGGCAGAGGGAAAGGGGAACCCCAUUGCUUGGCUUACAAAGGCAUGGUUUUGAAAAUGGAUGGCAAAGUCAUAACUCAGCAUCAGCAGUGUGGCAAAGACCAAUACUGAGGGGUGAGAAGUGUGAGCUACCAAGGUUUAGUGGCCUCAUUCUCUAUGAUGAAAAAGGAAGACUGCUUCGUGAUUCAGAGAAUGAAACUCAAUGCAAGGAAGCUCCAAAACAGGAAAAGAGAAAUGUUACAAGGAGAACUACUCUACAAGAUUUACUGUAG